AUGGCCAAAGGCCCAACUAGGCCUGCCAGUAGUUAUCCAAUUCAUCUUGGGUAUCCACCUUUAGUGCAAUCUCAGUAUCCACAACAGUUAGUGUCAUCUCUAUACAACAAGGCUUUCUCCACUUUAAAUGAAGGUAAUGACUCACCGUUUGUUCAUUCCUCGUAUCCCCAGCAACAACAACAUUUUCAAGCACUUUAUCAUCACCAGCAACAACAAUAUGUUAAUGCUAAUUACCCUAAUUUUAAUACGAAUGUAUUUCAACCACCUCCUUCUCAAUUUUUAAGACAAAAUGCAACAAUUGGAGGUACAAAUGGAUCUUCGUCAGCACCUCUUCUUACAUCUCAAGUGCGUCGCCCACAUUCACCGGAGGAACAAAACGAAUAUAAUGAUUUUGUAAAUGAUCCAUCAAUGCGUACUGUACUAACACCACGUAGAAAAGUACUACGGCGUAAUUUGUCGUUAUCAACUGCUACUAUCGAUCAUCUGCCAUCGCAUAUUUCGACUGCAUCUUCAUUGGUAAAUAAUCAACAAAAAUCUAUUAUUACAUCAGAAUCUGAACGUUUUGCUCAGAGUCGUUAUCCUUUUCCACCUUUUUCAAUACACUUUGACACGACAGAAGUUGGUGAUAAACAAGUAGUGGAGGACUUAGUAAAAUAUAUUAAAAAUAAUCGCAAAAUUGAUCUUGAUAUUGCUGGGUGUCGGCUAUCAACAAAUAAUUGUCAGCAUGAUGAAUGUAAUGUGUUGGUAUUUGUUAAAACAAGUGAUUCCUUUGCUGUAUUGUAUGAUGACGGGGUUUGGCCGGAUCAAUUAUGCGGACGUAAUAUUACAGUGUUAGCUAAACCAUCUAUUCCACCGCAAUUAUGUGUUAUAUUAAUUAAUGUGCCUUAUAAAUUAGAUAUUAAUAUAUUUGAACAAGACAUAAAACGGAUUAUCCAGAAGUGA